AGCUUGGCCUGGAGAAGAAAGAAGUCUCCUUUUCAAAACAAUCAUAAUGAGCAAGUGUGGCAAAAAACAGCAUGCAAGAAUUAACAUAAGACAAAUGACCAUGGAAACAGGUGAAUCACAACAAGAUGGCAGUGCAGCAGACUCUGUUGCCGAAAGUGAUUCUGCUAAUAUACAGUCUCCACCUAGCCAAAAUCAAAUCUCCACUAUAGCUCAGGUUUCUGUGGCCGGAUCAACAACAGGAAGGGGAUCUCCUUCAGUAACUGUAGUACAAUUGCCUUCUGGUCAAACUGUCCAUGUACAGGGAGUGAUUCAAGCCACCCAGCCUUCAGUUAUUCAGUCACCACAGUUGCAAUCUGUUCAGGUGGGAUCAGCUACAAGUGCAGACGAAUCUACAGAGUCAGACGUAAUUGAUUCGCAGAAGAGGAGGGAGAUACUUUCAAGGAGGCCUUCAUAUAGAAAAAUUCUGAAUGAACUUUCUUCUGAUGCACCCGGUGUCACUAAGAUUGAAGAAGCAAAGCCAGAGGAAGAAGGAACACCAUCUGGCAUCCCUGCCAUGGCAGUUCCAACAAGCCUUUAUCAGACUAGCACCGGACAAUACAUUGCUAUAGCCCAAGGUGGAGCAAUCCAGAUCUCUAACCCAGCAUCUGACGGCGUCCAGGGGUUGCAGACCUUAACAAUGACAAAUUCAGGAGCUCCUCAACCUGGUGCAACGAUUGUACAAUAUGCAGCUCAAACACCUGAUGGCACACAACAGUUCUUUGUACCUGGGAGUCAAGUUGUUGUCCAAGCUGCUACUGGUGACAUGCCAACUUACCAGAUCCGAACUCCAACCACAGCCUUACCUCAGGGGGUCGUUAUGGCAGCUUCCCCAGGAACAUUGCAUAGCCCACAACAGCUAGCAGAAGAAGCAACGCGUAAAAGAGAGCUAAGGCUUAUGAAAAAUAGGGAAGCUGCAAAAGAAUGUCGACGACGGAAGAAAGAAUACGUGAAAUGUCUGGAGAGUCGUGUUGCGAUGUUAGAAGUUCAAAACAAGAAACUUAUAGAAGAGUUAGAAACCUUAAAAGACAUUUGCUCUUCCAAGACAGACUAAUGUCAAUACUGAAACUGUGAACUGGCUACAGCAUGUACAGAUGCUUCUGCAGGCAAUGUCUAGUCAACAAGAAUUAUGACUUUUCCUUUAUAUCAUUUGUCUUCUACUCCAGCCUCUAACAUUCCUGAAACACUUUGCUGCAUUUUUGUAGAUUCUUAGUUGAAAUUUCAGGUGUCUUUUUCUUACCCAGAAAGAGUCAAAUGUUUAAGGCAGUGCGUGUUCAAUAUUCUCAAAAUGCAACAUGUGUAAGAGUUGCUCCUCUGCCCAAUAUUUGUAUUAAUUACUUUAAAUGUGUAAUUUUGGUAGUAUCCCACUUGCACCAGUAUUUUGAAGUGAUCAAAGAUAAUGCAUUUAAUACAGUAAAAAUAAAACAAAAACACCCAAAGUAUCUCAGGAAAGAGUUAUAUGAAAAGUAUGUUGUAAUAACAUACGUAUAUUAGAAUACUAGUUUACAAAUGAAUUUAUGGCAUAUUUUUAUAUUCAUCGCUUUGUGAAAAAAAGUAAUGUAUUGCUGUCACUGAGUGCCAUGGUUGAAACUAGUUUUUAAAUAGAACCAUGUUGGUUAAA